CAACACAGAAACGGUCUUUUUCCUCACCUUCUUCAACCUAUGGCCUCUUAUUCAGAAUGGCCUGUGGCUUUUUCUUCAGAAGAGAGAUCGAUUAAUCAAUCACAUGCGAUUAGCGUAAUGGAGCACGCUAUAGACAUAGAGAGCGAAUCUUUUUCAAUCACACCCAUCUCCUCUUCUUCAUCACAGCUUGUGGACGAUCUCACAAGGUACCGGCCACUGUAUAAAGCUAUACUCGAAGGCAACUUGGAAUUGAUAAAAGAGUUCUGUGACUUGAAUCCUGAAGCGGUACGCGUCAGGAUCACGGUAAACUUGGACACAGCACUUCACGUAGCUGUUGGGAAAGAAGCGAAUCAUAUUGUGAAAUUUCUAUUGUGUUUAAUGUCAAAAGAUGAAGUGGGACUCCAAAAUAACGAGGGCAACACAGCCCUUUCGAUUGCUGCAAUUGUUGGCAAUUUCCAAGCAGCCAAAAUGAUAAUGGGCAGACAUCCAGACUUGGUUGCAGUGGAAAACAACUCUGGCAGGAUGCCGAUUAUUGAGGCUGCUCGACAUGGCCAAAAGAAGAUGAUAAGAUAUUUACAGCAAUUCACCCGAGAUAUUUUUCAUUUUGACGAAAAUGUGCAUGCUUUCUCCUUCUUGAAUUCGCUCAUAGUUGCUGGACUUUACGACAUGGCACUGGACUUUGUCAAACAGUAUCCAAGUUUAGCUAUAAGGGAGUCAUCUGAUGGGGAGUCUCUUUUGAGUGCAAUAGCAAGAAAACCUUCUGCAUUUCCAAGCGGAAGAAAGCCAGACUUUUGGGAACGUUAUCUUUGUUGUGUUCGAAGUCGUACAGAGGAGAUAGGAGAGACAAAGUUGAUGAACCAGAGAGCAGUAAAACUUGUCGAACUCUUGUGCAUGGAAAUUACAAGAACACUAGACCACGAAAGAGCUUACUCUAUACUAAAACGACCGUUCCUAUUAGCAGCAGAAUUGGGGGUUUGCGAAGUUGUUAAAGAGAUUAUAAAAUCAUUCCCUGAUGCAGUCUGGUUUUCAAAUGCUGACAAUCAUAAUGCACUCCAGUUGGCAAUCAUGAACCGUAGAGAGAAGGUGUUCAACCUUAUAUUUCAAAUGAGUGGUCACAAACAUUUGUUAUUGAUGUCCCAUGACAAUGAUGGGAAUAAUCUCUUGCACUUGGCUGGAAAAUUGGCACCCGAAAAUCAACUCAGUGUCAUCAAUGGUGCAGCCCUACAGAUGCAGAGCGAGUUACGGUGGGUUCAGGAAGUGGAGAAAAUUAUACAGCCUGCAUAUAGAGCGAGUAAAAAUUCUAAAGGAGAAACUCCAGCAAAGGUAUUUACAGAGGAACAUAAGGAACUUGUUAAGAAAGGUGAGAAGUGGAUGAAACAAGCAGCAACCGGAUGCUCGUUAGCAACAACACUCGUUACCACAAUUGUAUUUGCAGCGGCAAUCAGCGUGCCUGGUGGCAACGGAGAUAAUGGUAAACCAAAGUUUUCCCAUGAGAAAAGCUUCAUGAUAUUUGACAUUUCGGAUGCACUCUCUCUGCUGUCAUCAAUUGCCUCCAUGAUAUUGUUCUUGUCGAUCCUCAUUACAGGCUAUGCAGAAGAUAAAUUUCUUUAUGUCCUGCCCAACAGAUUAAUAUCAGGUCUCGUUUUAUUGUUCGUCUCUGUAACAUCGAUGAUGGUAGACUAUGGUUCCAUUAUUUGUCUAGUGUUUUAUGACAAAAAGGCACACUGGAUACUUGUUUUUCUGGGUGCUUCGGUUUGUUCGCCUGUGUUUUUGUUUGUGUAUUUGAAACUUCCCCUUCUGGUAGACUUAGUCUUUUAUACAUAUGGCCCCGGCGUUUACCUCAAGUGA